AUGAUCAAUGUGGGGAACAGUACCUUCUCUCCUGUUUCCAUGACCUCAGUUCUCACCUCUGGCUUGAGAAAGACCACAGAAAUUUUGGACACAAGCUUGGAACCUGUGACCAGUACACCUGAAAGUGUGAACAACGUCUUGCAUGAGAUACUGACCACUUCAGAAGCCACCACAGAUACAGAAACAAUUCAUUCUUCAACAGUAACCGAUAUAGGGAUCACUAGUUCAGCACAAAAAUCACAGUUCACAGUCCCAGCCAACACAGAGCCAUCCAAAGCCACAUCUCCAAUGGUUAUCUCUUCUACCAUAAGGGACACCACUGUCUCCACGUCAACUUCAGACUCUUCCGAAACUACAAAGAUUGCAACAGAGUCAAUAUCCUCCUUGACCCCUGGACUGAGGGAUACCAGCACCUAUCAGGGGAAAAGCUCAAGUAGAGAUACUUCUCAAAACACAGCCAUAACCAAUGUGGGGACCACCACUUAUGAACAUGAAUCACAUUCCUUUGUCUCAACUGACUCAAAACCAUCCAAAGCCGUAUUUCCAAUGAAUACAGCCACCACCAUUGGGAAAACCACGGUUUCCACCCCAAAGUCCAGCUACUCUGAGACUCCAAGAAUUGAGACUGAGACAAGUCCCUCCUUGAUGUUUGGACUGAGUGAAACCAGCACCUCCAAGGAAACCAACUCAUCCACAGAGCCAAACAUUAUCCUUCCUGGUGUGAACAUUAGUUCUAUUACUGAGGUGACAAGGACAGAAGACAUCUCCUCUAGUAGUGAUGUGUCUUGGACAAGCCCUGCCUCUGUGAAAGAAACUGGCUCUCCAUCUUCCCCAGUGAUUGUAUCUACCAUGACAACACCCUCCCCUGAGCCAUCCACAUUACCAGCGAGGAGCCCCUCCUCUCCUACCCCUGUGAACUCACUUCUCACCCGUGGUCUGGGGAAGACCAAAGACACAUUGGGUACAAGUGUGGAACCUGUGUCCAGCUCACCUUCAAGUGAGACUAGCACCACCAUUGACAUACUGUCCACCUCUGAAGCCUCCACAGGAACAGAUGCAAUUCAGCCCUCCAAAAGCACAGCUGCGACCCAUGGGGCCAACCCAAGUUCUGGACAUGAAGCACAUUCCUCUGCCCCAGCUGACUCAGAGGCAUCCAGUAUCACGUCUCCAACGGUUACUCCUUCCACCUCUAGGGACACCCGUGUUUCCACAUCAAUGCCUCACUCUUUAGAAACUACAGUGUCUGAGAUAGACUCCACAUCCUCUCUGACUCCUGAACUGAGGAAGCCCAGCACCGUCCAGCAGAACAGCUCAGCCCCAGGGAAAAUCACCGUCCUUUCCAGAGUUCCCACUGAUACGACUACUGACUUCUCUACGACAGAACCCAUCUCCUCUAGCCACACGUCCAUCCCUGGCCCUGUUCAGUCCACGAUGUCGCCAGACAUCCCUACAGGCAUCGUCACCAGGCCCUCUGCCUCUCCUGGGACAACAGAAUCUGCAGAAGUGACCAUGACCACCCAAAGAGGUCCCACUGAGGAUACAUCCCAGAACCCACUUACCAUGGGCACGACAACCAACACCUCAGGGGCAGAGAUUCACUCGACUGUGACUCAGAGCUUUACGCACUCAGAGAUGACCCCUCGCAGGAGCAGAGCUCUCGAGGAUGUGUCUUGGACAAGCCCUGCCUCUGUGAAAGAAACUGGCUCUCCAUCUUCCCCAGUGAUUGUAUCUACCAUGACAACACCCUCCCCUGAGCCAUCCACAUUACCAGCGAGGAGCCCCUCCUCUCCUACCCCUGUGAACUCACUUCUCACCCGUGGUCUGGGGAAGACCAAAGACACAUUGGGUACAAGUGUGGAACCUGUGUCCAGCUCACCUUCAAGUGAGACUAGCACCACCAUUGACAUACUGUCCACCUCUGAAGCCUCCACAGGAACAGAUGCAAUUCAGCCCUCCAAAAGCACAGCUGCGACCCAUGGGGCCAACCCAAGUUCUGGACAUGAAGCACAUUCCUCUGCCCCAGCUGACUCAGAGGCAUCCAGUAUCACGUCUCCAACGGUUACUCCUUCCACCUCUAGGGACACCCGUGUUUCCACAUCAAUGCCUCACUCUUUAGAAACUACAAUGUCUGAGAUAGACUCCACAUCCUCUCUGACUCCUGAACUGAGGAAGCCCAGCACCGUCCAGCAGAACAGCUCAGCCCCAGGGAAAAUCACCGUCCUUUCCAGAGUUCCCACUGAUACGACUACUGACUUCUCUACGACAGAACCCAUCUCCUCUAGCCACACGUCCAUCCCUGGCCCUGUUCAGUCCACGAUGUCGCCAGACAUCCCUACAGGCAUCGUCACCAGGCCCUCUGCCUCUCCUGGGACAACAGAAUCUGCAGAAGUGACCAUGACCACCCAAAGAGGUCCCACUGAGGAUACAUCCCAGAACCCACUUACCAUGGGCACUACAACCAACACCUCAGGGGCAGAGAUUCACUCGACUGUGACUCAGAGCUUUACGCACUCAGAGAUGACCCCUCGCAGGAGCAGAGCUCUCGAGGAUGUGUCUUGGACAAGCCCUGCCUCUGUGAAAGAAACUGGCUCUCCAUCUUCCCCAGUGAUUGUAUCUACCAUGACAACACCCUCCCCUGAGCCAUCCACAUUACCAGCGAGGAGCCCCUCCUCUCCUACCCCUGUGAACUCACUUCUCACCCGUGGUCUGGGGAAGACCAAAGACACAUUGGGUACAAGUGUGGAACCUGUGUCCAGCUCACCUUCAAGUGAGACUAGCACCACCAUUGACAUACUGUCCACCUCUGAAGCCUCCACAGGAACAGAUGCAAUUCAGCCCUCCAAAAGCACAGCUGCGACCCAUGGGGCCAACCCAAGUUCUGGACAUGAAGCACAUUCCUCUGCCCCAGCUGACUCAGAGGCAUCCAGUAUCACGUCUCCAACGGUUACUCCUUCCACCUCUAGGGACACCCGUGUUUCCACAUCAAUGCCUCACUCUUUAGAAACUACAAUGUCUGAGAUAGACUCCACAUCCUCUCUGACUCCUGAACUGAGGAAGCCCAGCACCGUCCAGCAGAACAGCUCAGCCCCAGGGAAAAUCACCGUCCUUUCCAGAGUUCCCACUGAUACGACUACUGACUUGUCUACGACAGAACCCAUCUCCUCUAGCCACACGUCCAUCCCUGGCCCUGUUCAGUCCACGAUGUCGCCAGACAUCCCUACAGGCAUCGUCACCAGGCCCUCUGCCUCUCCUGGGACAACAGAAUCUGCAGAAGUGACCAUGACCACCCAAAGAGGUCCCACUGAGGAUACAUCCCAGAACCCACUUACCAUGGGCACUACAACCAACACCUCAGGGGCAGAGAUUCACUCGACUGUGACUCAGAGCUUUACGCACUCAGAGAUGACCCCUCGCAGGAGCAGAGCUCUCGAGGAUGUGUCUUGGACAAGCCCUGCCUCUGUGAAAGAAACUGGCGCUCCAUCUUCCCCAGUGAUUGUAUCUACCAUGACAACACCCUCCCCUGAGCCAUCCACAUUACCAGCGAGGAGCCCCUCCUCUCCUACCCCUGUGAACUCACUUCUCACCCGUGGUCUGGGGAAGACCAAAGACACAUUGGGUACAAGUGUGGAACCUGUGUCCAGCUCACCUUCAAGUGAGACUAGCACCACCAUUGACAUACUGUCCACCUCUGAAGCCUCCACAGGAACAGAUGCAAUUCAGCCCUCCAAAAGCACAGCUGCGACCCAUGGGGCCAACCCAAGUUCUGGACAUGAAGCACAUUCCUCUGCCCCAGCUGACUCAGAGGCAUCCAGUAUCAUGUCUCCAACGGUUACUCCUUCCACCUCUAGGGACACCCGUGUUUCCACAUCAAUGCCUCACUCUUUAGAAACUACAAUGUCUGAGAUAGACUCCACAUCCUCUCUGACUCCUGAACUGAGGAAGCCCAGCACCGUCCAGCAGAACAGCUCAGCCCCAGGGAAAAUCACCGUCCUUUCCAGAGUUCCCACUGAUACGACUACUGACUUGUCUACGACAGAACCCAUCUCCUCUAGCCACACGUCCAUCCCUGGCCCUGUUCAGUCCACGAUGUCGCCAGACAUCCCUACAGGCAUCGUCACCAGGCCCUCUGCCUCUCCUGGGACAACAGAAUCUGCAGAAGUGACCAUGACCACCCAAAGAGGUCCCACUGAGGAUACAUCCCAGAACCCACUUACCAUGGGCACUACAACCAGCUCUCCAUCUUCCCCAGUGAUUGUAUCUACCAUGACAACACCCUCCCCUGAGCCAUCCACAUUACCAGCGAGGAGCCCCUCCUCUCCUACCCCUGUGAACUCACUUCUCACCCGUGGUCUGGGGAAGACCAAAGACACAUUGGGUACAAGUGUGGAACCUGUGUCCAGCUCACCUUCAAGUGAGACUAGCACCACCAUUGACAUACUGUCCACCUCUGAAGCCUCCACAGGAACAGAUGCAAUUCAGCCCUCCAAAAGCACAGCUGCGACCCAUGGGGCCAACCCAAGUUCUGGACAUGAAGCACAUUCCUCUGCCCCAGCUGACUCAGAGGCAUCCAGUAUCACGUCUCCAACGGUUACUCCUUCCACCUCUAGGGACACCCGUGUUUCCACAUCAAUGCCUCACUCUUUAGAAACUACAAUGUCUGAGAUAGACUCCACAUCCUCUCUGACUCCUGAACUGAGGAAGCCCAGCACCGUCCAGCAGAACAGCUCAGCCCCAGGGAAAAUCACCGUCCUUUCCAGAGUUCCCACUGAUACGACUACUGACUUCUCUACGACAGAACCCAUCUCCUCUAGCCACACGUCCAUCCCUGGCCCUGUUCAGUCCACGAUGUCGCCAGACAUCCCUACAGGCAUCGUCACCAGGCCCUCUGCCUCUCCUGGGACAACAGAAUCUGCAGAAGUGACCAUGACCACCCAAAGAGGUCCCACUGAGGAUACAUCCCAGAACCCACUUACCAUGGGCACUACAACCAACACCUCAGGGGCAGAGAUUCACUCGACUGUGACUCAGAGCUUUACGCACUCAGAGAUGACCCCUCGCAGGAGCAGAGCUCUCGAGGAUGUGUCUUGGACAAGCCCUGCCUCUGUGAAAGAAACUGGCUCUCCAUCUUCCCCAGUGAUUGUAUCUACCAUGACAACACCCUCCCCUGAGCCAUCCACAUUACCAGCGAGGAGCCCCUCCUCUCCUACCCCUGUGAACUCACUUCUCACCCGUGGUCUGGGGAAGACCAAAGACACAUUGGGUACAAGUGUGGAACCUGUGUCCAGCUCACCUUCAAGUGAGACUAGCACCACCAUUGACAUACUGUCCACCUCUGAAGCCUCCACAGGAACAGAUGCAAUUCAGCCCUCCAAAAGCACAGCUGCGACCCAUGGGGCCAACCCAAGUUCUGGACAUGAAGCACAUUCCUCUGCCCCAGCUGACUCAGAGGCAUCCAGUAUCACGUCUCCAACGGUUACUCCUUCCACCUCUAGGGACACCCGUGUUUCCACAUCAAUGCCUCACUCUUUAGAAACUACAAUGUCUGAGAUAGACUCCACAUCCUCUCUGACUCCUGAACUGAGGAAGCCCAGCACCGUCCAGCAGAACAGCUCAGCCCCAGGGAAAAUCACCGUCCUUUCCAGAGUUCCCACUGAUACGACUACUGACUUCUCUACGACAGAACCCAUCUCCUCUAGCCACACGUCCAUCCCUGGCCCUGUUCAGUCCACGAUGUCGCCAGACAUCCCUACAGGCAUCGUCACCAGGCCCUCUGCCUCUCCUGGGACAACAGAAUCUGCAGAAGUGACCAUGACCACCCAAAGAGGUCCCACUGAGGAUACAUCCCAGAACCCACUUACCAUGGGCACUACAACCAACACCUCAGGGGCAGAGAUUCACUCGACUGUGACUCAGAGCUUUACGCACUCAGAGAUGACCCCUCGCAGGAGCAGAGCUCUCGAGGAUGUGUCUUGGACAAGCCCUGCCUCUGUGAAAGAAACUGGCUCUCCAUCUUCCCCAGUGAUUGUAUCUACCAUGACAACACCCUCCCCUGAGCCAUCCACAUUACCAGCGAGGAGCCCCUCCUCUCCUACCCCUGUGAACUCACUUCUCACCCGUGGUCUGGGGAAGACCAAAGACACAUUGGGUACAAGUGUGGAACCUGUGUCCAGCUCACCUUCAAGUGAGACUAGCACCACCAUUGACAUACUGUCCACCUCUGAAGCCUCCACAGGAACAGAUGCAAUUCAGCCCUCCAAAAGCACAGCUGCGACCCAUGGGGCCAACCCAAGUUCUGGACAUGAAGCACAUUCCUCUGCCCCAGCUGACUCAGAGGCAUCCAGUAUCACGUCUCCAACGGUUACUCCUUCCACCUCUAGGGACACCCGUGUUUCCACAUCAAUGCCUCACUCUUUAGAAACUACAGUGUCUGAGAUAGACUCCACAUCCUCUCUGACUCCUGAACUGAGGAAGCCCAGCACCGUCCAGCAGAACAGCUCAGCCCCAGGGAAAAUCACCGUCCUUUCCAGAGUUCCCACUGAUACGACUACUGACUUCUCUACGACAGAACCCAUCUCCUCUAGCCACAUGUCCAUCCCUGGCCCUGUUCAGUCCACGAUGUCGCCAGACAUCCCUACAGGCAUCGUCACCAGGCCCUCUGCCUCUCCUGGGACAACAGAAUCUGCAGAAGUGACCAUGACCACCCAAAGAGGUCCCACUGAGGAUACAUCCCAGAACCCACUUACCAUGGGCACGACAACCAACACCUCAGGGGCAGAGAUUCACUCGACUGUGACUCAGAGCUUUACGCACUCAGAGAUGACCCCUCGCAGGAGCAGAGCUCUCGAGGAUGUGUCUUGGACAAGCCCUGCCUCUGUGAAAGAAACUGGCUCUCCAUCUUCCCCAGUGAUUGUAUCUACCAUGACAACACCCUCCCCUGAGCCAUCCACAUUACCAGCGAGGAGCCCCUCCUCUCCUACCCCUGUGAACUCACUUCUCACCCGUGGUCUGGGGAAGACCAAAGACACAUUGGGUACAAGUGUGGAACCUGUGUCCAGCUCACCUUCAAGUGAGACUAGCACCACCAUUGACAUACUGUCCACCUCUGAAGCCUCCACAGGAACAGAUGCAAUUCAGCCCUCCAAAAGCACAGCUGCGACCCAUGGGGCCAACCCAAGUUCUGGACAUGAAGCACAUUCCUCUGCCCCAGCUGACUCAGAGGCAUCCAAGUAUCACGUCUCCAACGGUUACUCCUUCCACCUCUAG